UCAUUGCUUCCCCUCCUAAGGAAGAUGGUGAGGUGUCGGCCCCCCGUGGUUCUGUGGAUGCUGGUGCCCCCCAGCCUGCUUCUGCGCUGAACCCUUUUGGAUCUUUUGCUUCCCCUCCUAAGGAAGAUGGUGAUGUGUGGAUCCCCCGUGAUCCUGUGGAUACGGGGGCUCCCCAGCCUGCUUCUGCGCUGAACCCUUUUGGAUAUUUUGCUUCCCCUCCUAAGGAAGAUGGUGAUGUGUCGGUCCCCCGUGGUUCUGUGGAUACGGGAGCCGCGCAGCCUGCUUCUGCGCUGAACCCUUUUGGAUCUUUUGCUUCCCCUCCUAAGGAAGAUGGUGAUAUGUGGGUCUCCAGUGGUUCUGUGGGCACGGGUGCCCCCCAGCCUGUUCCUACGGUGGACCUUGCUGGGUUCGUUUCUCCCGCACCUCAAGCAGAGGGUGGUGUGGGGGAAGAUGUGUGGGUCUCCAGUGGUCCUGUGGAUACGGGUUCCCCCGAGCCUCUUCCUUCGUCGGGAGGUGUGGAGCCCCCCGAGCCUACUCCUGCAAUGUCCCCUACACCCUCGGUUGAUUUUCUUCAGGAAGCGGCUGCUGGAUCUGAGCCAUGGGUCCCACCGCAGCAACAGCCGGAAAAUCCGCCGGAGUUUCCUUUACAUGGUGAUAAGGAGAGCGCUCAAUCAAGCACCGCAAUAGAGGGGUCCACCGAGGAGCAUAAGAAGGACUCCAAAGACCAUAGGGGGGGCCCUUCUCUAUCAACAAAUGAUAUAUCGGGGCCUGUAGAGCUUGAGUAUAUUGCCGCUGCCAUCAAAUCAGGCCAGCUACAGCCACAACCGAAGAAGGGAGAUCCGAGAGAAAAAUGA